UGAAGUCACAUGUAGGUGUAGACCCAGAGUUAAUUCUCAAAUGAGAUUGACCGAGAGUCGCUGUUGUUUACAACAGCAUUUACUUACUCAACCCAGAGCCAAGUAUCUUUCGAGAUCGGCCGAGAGUUGCCUAAAUAAGUAAAUUAUGCAUUUUAACAGACCCAAGAGUCAAUUUUUUCCAAAUUGACCGAGAGUCAAAUCCUUGACUUACCUUUUAAUAAAAUUUAUAUACCUACCCACUAAAAUACUUAUUAGAUAUUUAAAAUACAGACAACAGAAUCAAUAUUUAGCAAUAUUUUCAUGAUCUAAAUAAGGUAGUAUAUAAAAAAAAAAAAUAAGUAUCUUUCCACCUUCAACAUAGUUAAAAUAAUUCAAAUUGUAAGAAUUUUAAUUAAGUACUUACAUAGUUUAUUUCUACUUUUAGUUCCCGAGGAAAAUUCACCUCCUCAAGCCGAUAACACUGUUGAAAUCCCCUACGAGGAAACCUUUGAAAUCCUGCCAGAACAAAACCUGGAAGUACAAACUUCUUCAGAGCCUACACAAGAACUAACGAGUCUUGUUGAAAAUGUCACUUCGGAGACAACAACGCCACCAGACUUGGAUCCAGAGCUGCUAGCAGCAUUGGGAGACCCGACUGAUGACACCCCCGAAUACGGGAGCGACAUACACGAACGGCUGGCCAAAUUAUGGCAGCCUCUACUUAAAAAAGGCCUGGACAAAGAAGCAAAAGACAGGAUUUACAAAGAAUACACUACUCCCAAUAACUGUAGACUGCUUCAAGCCCCGAAAAUGAACCCCGAGAUCAUGGCGGCCGUGACAGACGCAAGGAAAACAAAAGAUAAACGAUGGGCCACAAAUCAACAGCAAAUAGGCUCUGCUAUAACAGCCAUAAAUAGGGCCAUGGAAAAAUUAAUGACAAGCGACGACAAAGCCUCAGCUAUAAAACAUCUAAGCAACAGUUGUCGAAUGCUGUGUGAUAUGCACGCAUUGUUCACGAAAAUCAGAACUAGAGUUGUCUGCACAGGCCUAGAUAAAACCACACUAAGUGUUAUAAAUAACACAGAACGAGACGAAUUGCUCUUCGGGGCCAACCUGUCGGAAAAAAUAAAGGUGGCAAAAACCCUUGAAAGACAAGGCAACCAAAUGAAAAGACCUAAUCAAAACCAAAGACAAACACAGCCUUCAUCAUCACGUCCAUAUUCGGAAAACUGGCAGGCCCCUCCUCGCUACCCAUCAACCAGAGGACGAGGAGGAUACAGGAAGCCCACGCCCAAUGCUCGACGACAGUACGCGCAAACAUCGAUGAUACCACCACCAGCUCCAGCUCUCCCAAGGGGUCCACGUCCUGCACACCAGAUGCGCCCGAGGACACCACAACAAUAACUCAGAGAACACCAUCCAUUGCACGAGACUCUUACCCUGGGUGCCGCGAGGCUCUGCAAGAAGCAUUCAUACGGCGAAAAACACCACUAGAAGCCAUAACCUUAAUGUUAGCCUCGCUGUCUGACAGCACUUUAAAGCAAUAUAACGUUUGCUAUAAACUAUGGUGGCAUUUCUGCGAAUCUAACAAACUAGAUACCUACGAACCGACAAAAUCUCAUAUCUUAGGUUUUUUAACUGAACAAUUUAAUAAAGGUUGCUCGCAUGCAUCUUUAAAUAGUCAUCGAUCAGCACUGUCCUUAUUAUUAGGUAAUAGUAUUGGCAACGAUGAAUGCGUUAAACGAUUACUUAAAGGAGCAUUCAAACUAAGGCCUAGCUUACCCAAAUAUACCUAUACAUGGGACCCACAAUUAGUCCUAAAUCACCUUUCAAAAUUAUACCCCAAUACUGAAUUAACGCUGGAAAACAUCACUAAAAAGCUAGCAGCACUAUUGGCAAUUUGUACAGCUCAAAGAGUACAAACGAUCUCACUAAUAAAACUAAGUAAUAUAACUAUUAAUGAUGACAUUAUUAGAAUUAUAAUCACGGACAUCAUUAAAACAUCAAGGCCGGGCCACGAACAACCUAUAUUAAAUUUGCCUUACUUUCAUGAAAAUAUCAAAAUUUGCCCAGCUACUACCCUAAAGGAUUACAUUCUUUUAACGCGACAUAUUAGAGAAGAUAAUUCCGGUAAACUAUUAUUGACAUUUAAACCACCACAUAGACCAGCAACCACACAAACAAUUAGCCGCUGGGUCAAACAAGUGCUGGCAGAUAGCGGGAUAGACAUAAGCAUUUUCACUGCACAUAGCACGAGGCACGCAGCCACAUCUGCUGCGAGUCGCGCGGGAUCUAACAUAGAAACAAUUAGAAAAGCCGCAGGCUGGUCUAACACUUCAAGUACCUUCGCUCGAUUUUAUCAUAGAAAUAUACAAGAUGAUGGCCUGUUUGCAAAAUCUGUAUGUUUACCUACCUAAAAGGUAGAUGAUUUACGAUUCCAAUUACUGAUUAACCAAUUGUUAUUAUGAAUAAUGAAUAAUUACUAUGUAAUUUAAAUUCUAAUUUAUAUUGUAAUAACACAAAGUAGGUAUGUGUUUUAACCAAUAAAUAAUUAUGUUAAGAUGACAUCCAUGUAUAAAAUGAUAUAUGUAUUUGAUAAUUAACCUUACUGAUAAUAAGAAACAAUGUGUUCAUUAGA